AUCGGGAUAUGUCAAAUGAACAUGGACCCAUAUGAAACGUCAGCACAGUGAGUGUAGUAGCAGUUUACGUAUUGAUGUUAGCGAGCUAGCCUAGUAAAAUACAGUCCAGACAUAGAAAUACAUUUGUCGUAAAGCAGUAUAUUUGUAGAGUUAUUACAUUGGGAAACGGUAGAGUUUAUAUUCGUUGCAGAGAAUACGUUUAACGCAAUGGACUUCACUUGGAUUUUUUUACUUUCUCGAAGUUCAUACGAUUGAAAGAGGAAAGACAAUGACAGUUCCCUUGCCUGUGAGAGGAGGCUACACUGGAAUACAGCUGUUCUGUGACCAAAGCAAGGGACCUUGAAGGACCACAGCCUGUGUGACAGAGGACUUGCAUUGUGAAGCUUUUGGGGAGAGUAGCAGGCAGUACACUUGUGUAAAGAAACACUAAGGCAAGGUGGAGAUGUUUGCCAAACUGAAAAAGAAGAUUGCUGAGGAGGCAGCCACAGCCCCCCGGACCGGAGUCCGCAUGCCUCGGUCCUAUAGCAAAGAGUCCAUUACGUCAGUGGGGGCAGACUCGGGGGAUGAUUUUGCCUCUGAUGGCAGUAGCUCCAGGGACGACCUCUCCUCCCAGAUCCUCAGAAGGAAUGAUCAGAUUCGCAAGCUGGAGGCCAAACUAUCAGACUACGCUGAGCAGCUCCGACUUAUGCAGAAGACCAAGGACAAGCUUGAAAUUGCAUUAGAAAAACAUCAGGAUUCCUCCAUGAGGAAACUGCAGGACCAGAAUGAGACUCACCAGGCCAAUAGAGCCAAAAUGGCCGAAGGCAUGGCUUUGGCACUGGACAAGAAGGAUCAGGAAUGGAUGGAAAGGAUAUCUACGCUGGAGCAGGAGAAAGCGUCUCUGUCUGUGAGGCUAGAUGAGAUGAUGGAGCAGAGCCUUACUCUGUUCCAGAAGAGGGAUGACCUGGACGAGCUGGAGGGCUUCCAGCAGCAGGAGCUCGCCAAAGUCAAACACAUGUUACUGAGUAAGGAGGAGCAGCUGGUCCAGCAGGAGCGAGUGCUCCAGCAGAAGGGUGCCGAGCUGCAGAUGGCCAAAAAGGGUCUGGCCGAAGCCCAGGAGCAGCUGCGGGUUCUGGGAGAGGAGCAUCAGGAAAGUUGCAGGCUCAACACGGAGCAGGAGAUGGAGAGAGAGGAGUUGCUGGAGGUCAGGGAGGAGGCUGAGAAGAAGAUUACUGAGCUGGAGGGCAGAGGCCAGAACCUGCAGAAGGUCAUCCAACAGGUGUCUGAAGACUUCCAGAAGUCACGGAGCGCGGCAGCAGCUGUAGAGAAGUCUCUCCGUACGUUACAAAUGGAGAACAAUGCCCUGAAGCUGCAGCAACACAAAGCUGCAGUGACUGAUGAGGACAAGGAGCGUGUGCUGCUGGACCUGCAGGAGAAGAUCUCCUCUCUGGAGAGACGUCUGUAUGGUAACCUGAGUGAAGACGAGCUCCUCCAGGAGCUUCUCAAAGAGAAGUCCACUCUGGAGCAGAGGCUGGAGGACACGAGAGUUGAGCUGCUGGAGGCACGCACCAACCAUGCAGACACGGUUAGCUCUUUGGAGACUCAGAUAUCCAGACUCAACAACAAUGUGACUGAACUACAGACCCUGCUACGACACAAGGACGACUCUUCCAAGAACUACAGAGAGAGAACGGACGCACAGGUAAGAGAACAGAUAGCAGGUCUGGAACAGCAGGUGCAGGAGAGCAAUGAGAGGCUCAAGAACACUGAGCAGCAGAUCUCUGACAAACAAGCACAUCUAGACAAACUGCAGGCAGAGUGGAGUGUGGAGAGGGACAGUCUGCAGCAGCAGGUGUCUGCAGAGCAGCAACGGGGCCAGGAGAGGGCAGGCCGGCUGGAGGAGCAGCUCACUGCACUGCAGACAGAGAGAGACACCGAACACACCUCUGCCCAAGCCACGAUUAGUGAGUUGGAGCAAGAGAGAGCGUCUCUGCUGAGGGGGAGGGAUAAAGCUGACGUUGCUCUGAGGAGGCAGGCAGAGGGGCUGGAGCAGGCCAGGUCAGAGCUGAGCAGCAGGCAGACAGUGAGUGUGGAGAUAGCCAUGGCUCUGGAGGACACCAGGAGACAGAAGGAGGUGCUCCAACUACAGGUAGGAGAGAUGAUGGCGUCACUUCAAACAACAUCGCAGGAACUGGCCCACGUCACUGAGCAGCUGAAGCAGAAAGAAGAGGAACUCCAAACACUUCGCGAUGAGCUGCAGAGUGCCCAGAGCUCCCUGUCCCAGCUGCAAGAGGAGACAGAGGGGCUGCAGGCAGCAGCCCAGGAGAGGCAGGAGGAGAAGGACAGCCAGCUGGUCAGCUUGAGGCAGGAGCUCCUAACCCAGAAUGAGCAGUUGGACUCCUGCCAGUUACGGGUAUCGGAGCUAGAGAUAGAGACUCUGACGUUGCAGCAGACUCCAGAGCUGUGUGAACUGGACCAAAAUGGGACUGUGACGGUGGAUGACCUGGACCACAUGCAGAAGGCCAACCGAGACCUGGAGCAGCAGCUCAGUGAAAAGAACAAGACCAUUAAGCAGCUGCAGCAGAGACUAGCAGAGCUAAAGAGGACCUUGCAGAAGGAGCUGAAGCUGAAACCUGAAACAGAGUCCGAUGGGAAAGAGAGGGCCCAAGAAGGGAGAGGAGAGAGGCAAGAGAGGCCAGACAGAAUCUUUACAGAGCUCACUCUAGGCCCGGCCCCGGGCCCAAACACCACUGUCACCAACACAUCUGAUCUCAAUGACUCACGAGAGAUCAACUUUGAGUACCUCAAACACGUGGUGCUAAAAUUCAUGUCAUCCAGAGAGGCUGAGGCCUAUCAGCUGAUCAGAGCAGUGUCUGUGUUGCUGAACUUCACUGGUGAGGAAGAAGACAUGUUGAAGCAGACUCUGGAGUACAAGAUGUCCUGGUUUGGAUCCAAGCCUUCUCUGAAAGGUAUUGUCCGGCCAUCAGUUUCAGGGGCACCUGCUCACUGGAGCUGAGGGGACCGAGAGAGGAAGACGGGAAAGACACACACACAUUACUUUUAUCAUGCGUUUGCAUGUCUUCUCCCACCACUGUGGCAACCAAAUGAACACUGUAAAGAGAACACAACCCAAGCUUUAAAAUGGUUUCUGACAUGACACAGAUUCCUAUGUACUGUAGCUCCUCAAUCUCUCCUGAUCAUUUUUUUCUCUUCAUCUUCAAGAGAAAAGAGAAUGGCUCUACAAUGACUUAGAAGGGCAAAGUCUUGUUAAUGUGGUCUGUUGUUUUUUUUGUUUUUUGGGGGAGGUUUAUUUAGAAGUAAAAUGGUUAAAGCAGACAUGGUGUUGACCCAUUUGAUAAAUGUUAACCUUAAGAGAAACCCUCCUCUCUCCCCUUGGAAUGAGGUUAACAUUAGAUCUAGCUCUGUCAUGGACACAGUACAAGUACACUACAUUACCAAAAGUAUCUGGACAUCUGCUUGUCUAACAUCUCAUUCCAAAUUCAUGGGCAUUAAUAUGGAGUUGGUCUCCCCUUUGCUGCUAUAGCCUCUACUCUUCUGGGAAGGCUUUCCACUAGACGUUGGAACAUUGCUGCUAUAACAGCCUCUACUCUUCUGGGAAGGCUUUCCACCAGACGUAGGAACAUUGCUGCUAUAACAGCCUCUACUUUUCUGGGAUGGCUUUCCACUAGACGUUGGAACAUUGACGCCGGGGACUUGCUUACAUUCAGCUGAAAGAGCAUUAGUGAAGUCAGGCACUGAUGUUGGGGGAUUAGGCCUGGCUCGCAGUCGGCGUUCCAAUUCAUACAAAAGGUGUUCGAUGGGGUUGAGGUCAGGGCUCUGUGCAGGCCAGUCAAGUUCUUCCACACCGAUCUCAACAAAAAUGUUCUGUAUGGACCUCAUCUUGGGCAUGUGGGCAUAGUCAUGCUGGAACAGGAAAGGGCCUUUUUCAAAUUGUUGCCACAAAGUUGGAAGCACUGAAUCGUCUAGAAUGUAAUUGUAUGCUGUAGCAUUAAGAUAUCCCUUCACUGGAACUAAGGGGCUUAGCCCGAACCAUGAAAAACAGCCCCAGACCAUUAUUCCUCCUUCACCAAACUUACAGUUGGCACUAUGUAUCAAGGCAGGUAGCGUUCUCCUAGCAUCUGCCAAACCCAGAUUGGUUCGUUGGACUGCCAGGUGGUGAAGCGUGAUUUACUAAAGCGUUUCUACUAGUCCAGAGUCCAAUGGCAGCAAGCUUUACACCACUCCAACCAAAGCGUGGCAUUGCGCAUAGUGAUCCUUAGGCUUGUGCGCGGCUGCUCGGUCAUGGGAACUAAUUUCAUGAAGAUUCCAACGAACAGUUUAUUGUGCUGACGUUGAUUCCAGAAGCAGUUUGGAACUUGGUAGUGAGUGAUGCAACACGAAGACAAACAAGUUUUUACACGCCAUGCGCUUCAGCACUCGGUGGUCCUCUUCUGUGAGUUUGUGUGGCUCAAUGUACUCAAUUUGAUACACAUGUCAGCAACGGGUGUGGCUGAAAUAGCCGUAUCCACUCUUGUAGGGGUGUCCUCAUACACCAUAUAUACACAAAAGUAUGUCUUAUUCUCCAGGUGUUAAGAGUGGGACGGGUCAGGCCUACCAGACUGUCACAACUCUUUUUGACAGAGAAGAUUAUUUAUGUCUCUGUGCUCCAAUGGUUUUUCUUUCAUUUAGACAUAGAAAACGGUAUUUACUGCCGUUGACUACCUAUGCCAGGGUUCCCCAAAUAGCGGUCCAUGGGCCGGAUUUGGCCUGCGUGUGGUUUUAUUUGGCCCCCAAUGUUUUCUGAGCAAAAACGCUAUUAUUUUUUUAUAUCUUUUUUAAAAUUAUUGUUGGACAUAAGACUGUAAAAACGUCUGGAAAUCAGCUCCAAGUUAUUUUAAUUUCCGACAUCUGUUCCUAAAUAGCUUCCUGAAAUGAUUGUUUUAAUCUAAAAUUCUUUCUGUUUGGGAUUCUUGCGGUCAAUUUGAAGUCUACAAAUAUUUGUAAUUAUGUUCCAGCCCCUGAACAUCCAAAAAAAUGAGCCUGCGGCUAGAUCCAGUUGAUGAUCCCUUCUCUAUGGUUGGGAAAGAGAUAUUGUGGAAUUGUGAAUGCAUGAUAACAAGAACCUUGAAAAUGCUACCAUCCCAAUCAACCCCUCUUCAGUUGAAUGGAACACCCCAAGAUUUCUGAUGGACCCUUCACAACAGUCUUUAAAUUGGUUCUUUCCAUUAAAAAUAUAACUUCAGAUGGCUUAUGUAGGAAUAAUCCAUGUUAAAAUCAGAACUUGUGAUGUUUGAAGGGGAGGUGAGAGUCAUACAUCAAUGUCUUUGAUAUCAAUGGAGAAAAUCUACGUCAUGUAGACAGGAGAGGAGUACUUUUUAAACAUGUUAAAUAAUUAUUGAAAGCUAUCUAAAUCAGAAUUAUUGACAGAUGUGCUCUACCUUUACCUGCCUUGUGUUUGUGUAAAUGACAGUACAUUCCAUGUCUAUUUAUAUAUGAUAACUGUAAAUAUGCAUUGAGAACUUUAUAAAUCACUGGGUGUAAAAUCA